AUGAGCUACGACGAGGCCGCGACAGCAGACGGGCCGAUGGCAAACUCUGGGAAGGCUUUGGGCAGGGGAGUGACGCUGAGCGGGAGCGGCUUCGGGACAGCCCUGCUGAGCGUCGUGGUCAGAGCAGGAGCAACCAGCGCCACCCAGACGACGUGGGGGUCCGACACAGGGGUGUCGUGCAAGACAGCCAGCGGGAGCGGGACGAGCCUGUCGGGAGUAGUGUCAGUAGGGAGGAUGGUAGGCGGUACACACACUGAGCUGGUAUCGAUGGACGCGGGGCUGAUGAGCACUGUGAGCAGGGGUAACGUAGCAGCCGCACAGGCAGGGUCGGCAGACGCUCAAGGCUCGAUCACGCUAUUUGGGAGAGGUAUGGGGCUGGUGCAGUACAGUCCUACGAGCGCGAUCGGCGGGUCUAGGGCAGAGAAGACCGCUUGGCAGUCCGACAGCACGGUAGCAAGUCUCCUGAGCAGCGGUACAGGAAGGUCCAUGGCUGUCAGGAUGAGCAUUGCGGAGCAAGCACGGGUAUCAGGGAGCUUGAGCGCAGCGGUGAGCUACGAUCCGGGCAGCUUGACGAGCUCGGUAGCGGGAGGGAACGGGCCCGUGCAGACCAUGGUGCUGGCGAUGUCGGCGACAAGAAUUCGAUCGGACUAUAGUAGCUCUGGGAGACUUGGAAGCUCGAGCUCGUUGCAGACACUUUGGGUUUCAAGUUCUAGCAUUUCGUCUCUUUUCACCACUGGGCAUAGAUCCAGCGCUUCGUUGUCAAUCACUUCGAACCUUGUUCUUUCCUCGCUGAGCCAAGUUUUCAGUUACGACAAGUUGUCGAUUAUUACAACCAGCAACUCCUUGUCGAUUGUUACAAGGAAUUGGUCGGUGAGGGUCAACUCAGCGGCGGGGAGGGUCGGAUAUUCAGCUACUUCAGUUACCCUGUGGGACUCAUCUUCCAGCAUAUCUUGCAGGACCACAGCGGUGAUGUACAGCUCAAAUGCUGUAUCGAUGACUGUGUCUGUCAACGUUGCCUCGAUUUCAGAAGCCUUCUCAGCAGAUUCGAAUUUGUUGGUUCAAUCUUCCAACUUUCCCCUUGUGAAUCAAUAUUUGUACAUAGGUGGGAGCCAUAUCGCAAGGCAAAUCACUUGGAGAGCAAGAAUCGGAUAUUCUGCGGCUUCUUCCAGUUCAUGGAUAUCUGACUCAGUUGUCAAUUGUCAGACUUCGUCGGGAUCUGGAUUCUCACUGAGCGUCAUGGUCACUAGUGCCGUCAAGGUGAAGAGUCAAACAGAAAGUCUCUCAUAUGACGUUUAUGCUACUCGCUCAUCAGGAUUCAACAGUCAACCCGCCAAGAUGUUUUAUGUAAUGAUGAGCUUGCCAAAUUCAGUGAGAUCCUCCAGCCUCGUUACCCGAUUGGGGAUGACAAGGGCACCCGUCACCGUUUGGACUAGCUCGAGCAGUCUAAGCCUUAUGAUGACUCAAGGGUCUGGAGCGAGCAGGAGCAUUGUCCUGUCAGCUUCCAGUCUCUACACGCUAUCAAAUGCUGUUUCUUACGACCUGGUCAGAGUCAGCCACAUUCAGGAUUCGAAUUUACCAGCUGCUCCUUCAGAUCUUUUUGUGGUCAAUGGCGCCAACCUCGCGUCAUUUUCCAAUUCUCCGAUGGCAAGGUUAAGAGGAACUUCCGUUGAGAACAGCAGAUGGACCUCACAGACCAGCAUCUUGUGCCUGAAGCCCUCGGGCGUUGGCGCUACUUUGUCACUUGUCUGCUCCAUUGUGACUCUAGCUUCUGUCUCUAUGGCGAUGUCUUUUGACAUUCCGAAGAUUGCAAGUUACCAAGGAACGAACGCCAAGCCUUUUGACGUCUUGGAUGGAUUAUACGUUUUUGGACAGAGCUUCGGGAGAUGUCGGAGCUCUCAGUCUACACGAUCUUUGCAAACAGCAGCUCAACAAACUCGCUGGCAAAGUGACUCGUCAAUCUCAGUAUUUCCACCCACCGGCAUUGGCAGCAUUUCACCCAAGACAAUUGCGACGAUUGCAAUGCGAGGCGGCACAGGGAUGGCUAUCGUAUCGUUCGAUGGCCCUUUGAUCUCUGUCGUAUCGUACCGACAAGACCUCUUUGCUCGCGCCAUUCCUCCGCAGCCUAACUUCCCAACCACAGGAGGCAGCCCAACAACCAUCACUGGGCAAAAUCUUGGAGCCCGGGACACAACACUUCGAGCCAAGAUGCAGGGGUCUGCUCCUAUCACGACAUCUUGGCUGUCAGAUACUGGCAUGUUGUGUAAGGUGCCCAGGGGCUUGGGAUCGUUCAGAGACAUCGUCGCAAGUGUUUGCUAUGUUGUCUCCGGUACGCUCACUUUGGCUUGGUCGUUCGAUCUUCCCAGAAUCAGCAGCAGCUCGCCUGGAAACGCAGCCCCUGUCGCAGACCUGAGCCUCCCUAAUUCCCUCACGAUCUAUGGAACCAACUUCGGGACGAGUGUCAAUUCAGAGGAAGCCAGGCUCGGUCAAUCCGCCUGCGCCGCUACCUCGUGGUCCUCUGACAGCCAGGUGGUUUCGAGGCUGUCGAACGGAAUAGGGAUCGCGCACAGGACAGUCAUGACUACUGCCAUGCAACGAGGCACCUCGAUACGGAUCUUCUCGUUCGACUCUCUGUCGCUGGACUUCAUCGAAGUUCAAACCAUCAAAGAAGCUCGAACUGAGUACAACGUCUCCGGGGCUGGGGUGAACUAUGGCGCUUUCAGUCUGACCCUCAGAGUCCGUGUCGGCGGGUCAGCAUGUGAGAGGUCCAGCUGGAGCAGCGACACGUCAGCGUCUGCAAGGCCAGCGAAUGGAGUCGGAGCGACUCUUAGAGUGUCGAUCACAAACGCACAACUGAUCGCGUCAAAAUCAUCGCUGUUUGACUACUCGCUAGGGGGGGUGACAGCAGUGCAACCCACCAACAGUCCAACGAAUGGAAACGACGUGCUGACAAUCUUCGGCAACGAGUUCGGAGUGAACGAUUAUUCGCUCAUCGCAAAGGUGGGCAGCACCAAUUGCAUGAAAACCUUAUGGGUAAGCUCAACCUCACUUGAAUGCCACGUCCCUUCUGGCCAGCCCAUGGAAGCAGCAAACUUCUUCGUCUCCAUCGGUGCGAGAGUCUCCACCGGCGUGACUCAGUUCUCUUACAAUCGAGCUCCGCAUCUAGAGGACUUGAGCCCGAACUACGGGCCCACCAGCGGGGGAUACGUCGUGGUGGCCAAGGGGAACUUGAUUUCUAUCUCGGAUCGGACAGAGAUUCAGAUGUGGAAGCGAACGACUGGGAAGCCUGUGCUGUACAAGAAGAUCUGCGCUAACAGCGCGAACUGUACGGGCAGAUUCGUUGAGUCGUCGCGGAAUGGAGAUACAGGGACGAUUUCAUUCAUCAUGCCGGAAGGAGUGGGUUCCGACAUCUCGAUGUUUUACUACGACAGCUCCACUGGUCCUCCUCCCUUCGGCUUCGGAUACUGGGAGCCAACGUUCUCUUACGAGAGGCCCUCUGUGCAAGCUCUCAUCUCCAACAGCUGGACGUUCAACGUUACCCACCUAGCGGAUGGCCUGCCCUCUGUGGACUCGAUCGUCCUGCCGUCAGUCAUUGGUAAUCGACUGCUGACCGUUGUCGGCAACUCCUUCGGAGGAUCUGAAGGCAACCUCCUGGUCCAACUUGGAUCGAUGGCAUCGGUGUAUGCCAAGAGAUCCGGGAGCCACACGAGCUGCUUGAUUGAAGUCCCUCCAUUCCCCAACGUCAACUUGCCGUUCCCACUCAGUCUGUCCGUUGCGGUGGAUCAGAGCUCUUCAGACCCGAUCAACAAAGCGAUCGUUCUGGUGAAAGAGAGUUACCCCCUGAAUGUGGUGUUCGAUGCAAACUUCACGUUCUACAGCGCACCUGACAGGAUGAAGGAUUUGAAAUCGUACUUUGUGAGAACAUGUGGAGCUCUCUUGAAGUUUCAAGAUGACGUCACCACUUUACAGCAGAUCAUGAUCCUCAAUGUCACAAGGGGGUCAGUUCGCAUCUCCUUCAUCGUCAUGAACAGUCCUCAAAACGACAAGAUCGCUGCUGAAUCGUUCUUGCUGCUGCUCGACAUGUUCAAGUCCGGGCAGCUCGCGAGUUCCUUCCCUUUGAUUGGACUGGCUCUUGACUUCCAGGCGAUAGGAUACGUCGAACCGACGCCUACUCCCACGACUACAGUGACAACCACAACUCCGUUGCCCACCACCAUGCUUGUUACCACUCCUCCGCCCACGAGCGCAUGGCAGCCUCUGACCAUCGGGCUGCUGAGCGGGGGGAUCGGACUUGGCGUGAUCUGCCUCUUCUGUUGUUUAGUUGUCACCAUCAGGAGAACUUUGCACUCCGACGAGGUCAUGAUCAAGUCGGCACUCGACGCUCUAGCCAAUCAAAGUGUCAUCAGUAUCCCCGAAGGAAACAUGCAGCUGUCUCCAGGGAUCAUGGCGAUGCAGCGAGAAGAGAUGACCCCUCGCGAUCCCAUGUCAAUGUCCACCCGAACCACCUUGUCAAACUUCCCCCUCAGCCCUCGCGUCAACUCCUUCAACAACAUCUCGGGCUACGGGGCCCUGCAGUCUCCCAACCAGUUUCUCGGCAUCUCUCGGAUUUCUGAGAUGUACCGGCAGAACAGUCUGAACUCUACCAUGGAUAUCGAGCAGCAGCCGAUGCAGUACGCCAGCAGCUCCCCAUCAGUGCAACGGGACGACUUCAGCCCAAGAUACGAUAGUAACCUUAUAAGGAAGCAGGCAGCGGCAGCCCGGGCGUCGUACGCGCAGUCCCCCAGGAUCUCCGAGACGGACUCGAAUGCCCCUCAAGCAGGAGCGGCUGAGCAGGGGGCAAAUGACUGGACCCCACGAUGGAAAGUGCCAAGUCCAGGACAGAUCCGAGCCAUGUUGAUCCCUAGCGCAGCCGCUUCUUCCGUAUCCCGUGGAUCCGUCGAGACCCGAGGUCAGAACGAAGGAGCGGCUCCGACGUCAGCUCGCAGCGGCUAUGCGGCGAUGAGCGACUAUGGCAUGAUGGGAGUAGCCAUCGGCUCGGACCAGCAGUACGUGAACGAGCAGCCGGUGCCGAUGGAGUCGGCACGGGUGCCAGUCUCGACCGCUCAGCACAGCAACAGGGGGGGAGAUGAGGAGGAGGCGGAAGCUGAGCAGGUGGAGGACGAGAACUACUUCAGUGCCUCGGAUCCGGAGAGCAGCCUCCAGCAACGGUUCGAGAACCUUGACGACCAGAUGUCGCUGGCCUCGCUCAACUCCACCGCCUACUCAGGGCAGAAGACUCGCAGCCAGCUGUUCAUGCCCAGCAGGAGCCACCGGAGUCAGAGGAGCACAACGAGAAGUCAACAGAAUACUCCAGCCCGCCCGGCCUCUAGGAGGAGCCGCACCAACGUCUCGAGGCCAGGGAUCUCCCUAAGAAGUGGGAUCGGGGAGACACUCCCAGUCGGAGGACAACCCUCUGCUCCAGCUCCAGCUCCAGCUCCAGCUCCAGCUCCAGCUCCAGCUCCAGCUCCAGCUCCAGGAUCCGUUGAGCUACCUCAGAUGACGGGAGUAGCGUCAGGAGGCGUCCAGGUUGAAAGGCAGGCACCCUCAAGGCCGGACGAGCAGCCGCUGCCAUGGCUGCAGGACCAUCGCAACCUUGAGAAUCUCUUCGGCAGCUCCGUCAAGGGCUCGCUCGGCAACGCUCGAGCCGCCGCUGCUGCUAUCGGGCCACAGGCACCGCUGGAGUCGGACUCGGACUCCGAGUCUGACGGGGGGUACGAAGAGCACUCGAUAGGCGAGCAGAUGCAGUAUGCUCAGCCCCGUACCCUCUCGGCCUCGGAGGAUGCUCUCCAGACGGCUGCUACGGUGGACACGCUGAGAUUCGCCGAUGGGGGAGGGCAGCUGGGCACAGAGUUGGACCUUGACGACGAGAGCGUCGCCACCCUCGGGUUCGGAGCCGUGUACGUGUCGCUCGCUCCUGUCUCUAGAGCACAUGCAGUCGCGGAGCGGCGGGCGGACGACAGCUGGAUCCACACGCCCAUGAGACCAGGACGACGAGCGCCGGAGAACACGCCAGCGGGUCAGGGGCAGGGCGUUGAGUCUCCCCAAGUUACGUCGAGGGCUGUGACAGCUCCUGCUGGGAGGGAGAGGUCGGCCGUGGAGGAGCAGAUGCAGCCGCGGACGCCUGGUGGCGGCAGACUGAAGAACAUCUCGGAGAGGGUGAAAGAGCUGGAGCAGCAGCUGGCCAUGGAGGAAGCACGAGGCUUGUCGAGUGCGGAAGAGGCGUUUUACCCUCAUCCAUUCAUGUCUCCUCUCCGUUCCCAGCAGCAGCAGCAGCAGCAGCAGCAGCAAAGGAUCUCCAAGUUUGACAUCGAGUCUCGCCUGCUGGGCCCCUUCUUCGGCGAGGCAUCCAAGGCAAGAAGCGAGGAUGCCGCGAGCUCUCGCAUGGACGUCGACGACAUGGAUCUGGACAGCGAGUCGGAGAGCAACGAGUGGGAAGGUGACCUGUCGGUCGCGACGCUCUCGCAGCCGGGGGCCUCCCCAAGGCGACAUAGUGAGGCGAGCGAGAUGGUUCCAGCCGGCAUGUCGCAGAUGAGCAUCGGUACGGUCACCAUGGACACGGCAGAGUCUGAGACUUCUUCCAGCUUCUCCCCAGCUGGGAGGUGA